AUGAAGGGGCGAGUACGUACCAAGACCGUUAAGAAGGCGGCCCGGGUGAUCAUAGAAAAGUACUACACCCGUCUGACGCUGGACUUCCACUCCAACAAACGGGUGUGCGAGGAGAUUGCCAUAAUCCCUAGCAAGAAGCUCCGCAACAAGAUUGCUGGGUUUGUGACUCAUUUGAUGAAGCGCAUUCAGCGUGGCCCAGUGAGAGGUAUCUCUAUCAAACUGCAGGAAGAGGAGAGGGAGAGGAGAGAUAACUUUGUGCCUGAGGUAUCUGCUAUAGAGCAGGAUGUGAUUGAGGUAGACCCAGACACAAAGGAGAUGUUGAAGAUUCUGGACUUUGGCAGCAUCCCCAAUCUCCAGCCCACACAGCCUCCCACGCAGAUAGGAUUCCGGCCCAGAGGACCUUAGAACGCCAACAAAAUAAUGUACAAAAACCACAAGGAAAAAUAACAAUAAACCCUUCUCUUUGAAGAGUGAGA